GUUUUGCCGCAACCUGUAACGAAUCAUUUUGACUUUGUACCCGUUCAUGUUAUCUGUCGUUCGUUAAUAUUUCUGUCUGAGAUGAACUCCCAGGUAGAAAGAUAAAUCAUUUGUUUUUUUAAUCCACAAAAAGGUGGUUACUUUCUCGGUUUAUCUAAACAAACAACUUUGUUUAUUCUUGUUUGUUAAAAAAGCACUAUAAGGAGUUUUUGGUUUCAAACGUUUCAAAAAGUUGAAUUUGUGUUGGUUUUUAAAAAAAAAAAAGGAUUUGAUUUUGUAUCAGUGCCUGCUAAAUUUUCAACAAAAAACAUGGAUAGCAGCGAGAGUACUGCAAAAACUGUGGAUAUGACUUAUAAGAAUAUAAUUGAUGAAUUUGGACCUUGUACAAAACAACUUGUCAUUGCUGGAAAAACAUAUUUAAAAGCACUUCAAGCUAUGGUAGUUGCUUCUCGACAGUACACAGACGCCCUAAUGAAAAUAGCAUCACAUGCUAACAACAGUACAAUGAAUGGAUCACGUGAUAUUGGUGAAACAUUGUAUAAUAUUGUAGAUGUAAAUAAGGAAAUAUUAGCUCAACAAUCUAAUAUUAUUAAAAGUUUAGAAUUUGACUUCAUUGAGCCAAUGGAAAUAGCUGCAGAAAAAGAUACUAAGCUUGUUGGGAGAGAACAAAAAAGAUUUCAGCAGUUGUACAAAGGUCGCCGAGAAGCCUACCUAAAAUGUGUUUCAACACUGAAAAAGACUAGAAGAAAAAAGAAUAUUAACACAGACAAGCAAUUAUCUCAUAUGAAAAUGUUGGAAAGUGCCAAAGAGCGAUUGGAAGUGUUUUGUAAUGACAGUUUAAAAGAGGCUAUAAUACAAGAAAGAGUUAUGUAUGGCACAGUUUUGGAAAGACAAUGUGCGCUUAAUAGGCAAUUUUUAAUUUACCACACCAAAGGCUCAGAAAUUUUAGAAGAGCAACUUCCAAUGUGGGAAAGAAUAGCUGAAACUCGAGAUAAGUUACCUGAAAUGAUAUACAAUGCUAUUAAAUGCUCACCUCAGCCUGUACCUUUGAAUAUGGAAAGCAUGUAUUCUUUGGACAGUAUGCUAGAUGUUGUCAUACGCAACAACUCAAUUGCUCGUAGCUAUGGGAAAAAUGAUCGAGAUUCGGUAAUGUCACACACCUUGAGAGCUUCUAAAGCGGAAGAUAAUAUCUAUGCUAGACCAAUUAUUAGAGCUAAAUCUGAGUAUUGUCUUCCAAGUCUACCUACUUCCUCUCCUAAAUCAGAUCCUGGCUUAAAAAGGCUAAGUCGAACAGUUGAACUCAAUGGUUCAAGUGAGACAAGUUAUGCAAGAGCACUCUAUCCUUAUGAGCCAUCUGGAGAUCACCAACUAGGUCUUCAUGAGGGGGAUGUCAUUGAAUAUAUAACAGAAGAGAAUACGACUGGUUGGCAGUUUGGUGAUAAUUUGACCACUAGAAGAUCUGGUUGGUUUCCUGUGUCAUAUACUGAGAGGGUAAAGGAUCCCUCAUCCUCCUUGAGCAAUGAAAGCUAUUCUAAUAUUAAGGCACAUCCUCCAGUUUUUACCAGCAAUUCUGUGAGGUCUAAGCUGAAUGGGCAAGAGCAACAAGCAGUGUUUGAAUAUGCAACAUUGACUCGCCCGAAAUUGAGACAUGUGAGUCCACCCACUGUUUCAGCCUCUUUUGAUGACUCUGAUAAAAAUGGUACUCUUAAAGCCAAAUACUUUGCUUCCCAUCCUAAUAUAUAUGAAUCAAAUUCGGCACAAAGCAAUGGGAAGAUAUAUAUUAACGGUGAACCUGUACCUUCUAUGAGACUCUGAUUUUGAAUACAUUCAUUUGUUGAACUAUAGCUAGAAUUUGUAAUUCGUUUACACAUAUCCAGCUCAAGAUGAUUUAAUGGCUAAUUUAUUCAAAUGAUCAUUGCAGCACUACAAAUUACAUACUCUACAUAUAUUUGAUGUUAUGUUUUGUUUUACUUAAUAUUAUUCAUCUUGAAGUUCAUCUCAAAAGUUUAAUUGUCUCUACCUUCAGUAGUACAUACAACGUAAAUCAUUCAAUGAACCAUAGCUUUGCGCAUAAUUUUCUGUUCUAAAAGUUUACUUUUUUUUCUUACUUGAUGUUGAAUCUUUUUAAUUUACUGUAAUUAAAACUAGAGUGAAAAUUGUUUAGUUUUAAUAUUGAUACUUGCUUUAAUGCAUAUGUUUUGCAGGAUUCAGUUGUUUACUAAAAUAAUUUUUCUCAGUAAAAAAAUAUUUAAGCAUGAGGUGUUUUCAUUUUUAUUUUAUAAGUGAAAUUUCUUGCUUUAGCAUGGGUUCAAAAUUGCAUGGGAUUGAUAAUUUAAAAAAAAAAAUUCAUAUACUAAUAAGGUGGAUUACUUUACAUUUUGUACAUGUAUAAUACUAAUAUUAAUGGAUAAAAUGUCUAUUAGUUCUAAUACUGCUAGCCUCAAUUGAUGGAGUUAUUCAAUUUAAAUAUUUUUCAUUUUUGCAUGACAGACUUUUUUUAAAUGUUUUUUCUGUGUUUAAAUUUGUAAUCUUGGAGAAAUAUUUUAAUUAACCACUAUAUAAAAAUUCUGUUAACAGCAUAAAUAAAUCUAAAGACAAUAAAUAUAGUUAUGUAUCUUUACUGAUUAAAUAAUCUUUGAAAUCUGCUUAAACAUGAUAAUAAAGCCCAUUUAAAAAGUUUUUUCAUGGUAAAAGAACAAGAUCUCUUUGAGAGAAAUGCAACCUUAAGUUUCAUAAUAUUCUUAUAUUUUCCUUUUUGGGUACUAUUUUUUAAUAGAUCUGGCCUUUUAUUUCAACUGAAAAGGAUCUUCUUAAACAACUAAUCGAGCAUUAUAAGUUGAUGUAUCUUUAUAAGUUUAUAAUUUUAAAAAACUAUUUCACUUAAUCCUUAAUAGUCCAAAUUGACCUUCGGUCUCAAAUCUGCAAGAAUGGAAAAUUUUAUUCUGCUCCCUACAAACAAAAUGAAUGUUACAAAUUUUGAUCACACUUCCUAGGGAAUAUGAAGGAUAUCAGAUAAUUAAUAAACAGUCUUCAAGAUUUUUUUGGUCUAUGGUCAUCAAUAAGGAAAAUUCAAAAGGUGUCUGAUAUUUUAAGACAAAGAGAGAAAUAUUUAAAGUUUUAAAAAAUAUUAGCCAUGUAAAAUCUUUUGACUUUAAAUUGUGCUGAUCAAAAAAGAACUUAUAAUAUGAGCUACAAUUUUUAUUUAUUAAUAUUAAAAUGUUGAAUGUAAAUUUAGUUAAAAUAAAACUGAAGUAAUUAAAUUUUUUUUGUAUUUGUAAAGUUUGAAACCUCUUUUUCCUAAAUGUAGAUAUUCUGGUUUAUAAAACCAAAUGCUCUUAGAUAGAACCUGUUUUAAUAUGUGGCGGCCACUGUAUUUAAAAAAUAUGUAUAAUCUCUUAGUUAAAUAUUGAAAAUUAACCUUCACUUAUUUUCUUCCAUGUAGUUUAUUUUAAAAAAAGAAACAAAUAAGUACUACUAUUUAACAAACAAUUUAGAUUCAGGUGCUGCUUUGUAUAAAUUAUUUGAUUUAUAUUUCUUUGCCAGCUUUCCUCCAGAUUGUAUUUUUUAACCCUAUAUAGCCAUGAUGUGGAAACUAAUAUUGCAAUCACUGAUUAGACAGGAAAAAUUAAAUUUCAGAUUUUUUUUAGCAAAACCAACUAUUAAAACCCUUGAUUGUUACUUAAAAUGAUCAAUUAUACAAAGACAUGUAGUGUAAAGAAUGUUUUUAUUUUGACGGCUUUAUAUAUUGCUGAGUUCUGAGAUUUAGAAAAAGAAAAGAUUCCUAUCGUGAAAGUUAUUCCGUUUAUCUAAGUUCAAGGCCGUAAGAUAUUUUAAUGUUUUGUUAAAAAAUUUUAUUAGCAGAUAAGUUUAUUGCUAGUUUUUUCAUUUUCUGUAACAAUAUGUAAACUAAAUAAAUAAAAUAGUAACUUUUCAAACAAUACUUUCAAAAGCAAAUUUAUAAAAUCUUUAUGAAGGAUUUUACAUUAUUUUUCUCAGCAAAAAUAUUCAUAAUUUGAAACUUAAGAUAUAUCUAAUAUAUAAUAUUUAUGAUGCCACCGUUUGAGAUUUAGUGCCAUAUUAAUGUUUGAAAGAUUCAAUAAAAGUUUGAGAUGAACUACAAGAACGUUCAUUGUAUUGCUAGUGUAUAGUUAAAAUCAUUACUCUUUGAUAGGGUAUUAAUAGAGAGUUCCAAGAACUUUGAGAUAUUUCCAAUAUAUUCACAGUUCUAUGUGCUUUUUUUCAAGCUUACUGUAAAGCUUUUUGAUAUAGACCAUCACAAUACCUCACAAGAAUGUUGGGAAAUAUUACAUUUAUAAAUUUUUUGUAAUGAAUUUUUAGCCACAUAUAGCAUUUUAUAUAUGUCUUGAAUUAGCAGGGAUUUGAAAAGAAAUACAUAUGGUAUUAUUAACGCAGUCAAAUGCGAAAAAAUAAUAACUAGUUUUAUUUUAUGGAGGAACUAUUAAAUCAGUUUUUACCAUUUUCUUCUUAUAAUGGUUCAGAUCAGGCACUGAAGAAAUCCUCAAAUUGAAAUACUAACUGAGUCCUCUAUCUCCCACUGUCUGAAAAUGGAUUAUUUUCUGCUUGAUUCAGGACAUUAACUGCAAGUAAAAAUCAAUGACUGGUAAUCAACUUUUUUUUAAUCUAGAAAAAGGGUGAAAUAUUAAAUUAAAACAGAAAAUUUAAAAAAUGUUCAGUAUUUUUUCCUCAAAAAACAACAUGUGAUCACUUAAUUUUAUUACUCGCAAAAUAUAAAAACAAAAUUCCCCUUUAAGAUGGCUUGUGAAAUGUGCUUUUUACAUUUAUAAAUGGUAUAUAUUUCUUGAGCUAUAGGAACAAAACUACUAUUUCCAUUGAAAAAGAAAAAAAUUGUUCCUGUGCAGCAAAGCUGCCAGUUUUUACCCUAAAUUUAAUUGGGAUAAACUAGACAGUUAAAGGAUUGGUGAUACCACCAGUUUUAGGUAAGCUUAAUGAGUUAUGAGUAUGAGUUGUACAUAAUUUUUAUGUAAUAUAGUUUACAUAUUUUCUAAUUAUUAUAUCCGUUUUAAGUUCUAAUUUUUAAUAAAAUAUUUUUGUAUAUGUUUAUGUAGACCAUUUAUGAAUUGUAAAACCUGUUAGUUUUAAAUCUUGUUUCAGAGGGAAAAUUUUAUCUAGUCUUUAAAUAUAAUAUAAUACACAAUUUUAAUCUUUAAAAUAUUUUUUACCAUCUUGCUAUUUCAUAGAAAAUUUUAUAAGAUAUUAUUUUGUCCUAUAAGUAUAGUGAAACACAAGUUUUAAUUUAAAUAAUGCGGGAAAAAUUUAUAUUUCAUUGCUAAUGAGACAUAGUUAUAUUUUUGUUGGUUAAUAAUGUGUUCUGAAGUAAAACUUAUGAGUUUAGAAAAUUUCUUUUUUAAUUCAUCUCUUAUUUUAAAUAAUUUAUUUACCUAUUAUCACAUAAAAACAAACAGAAAUUAGUUGAAAAGAAAUGCUUGUGGAAAAAUGCAAAUAAAAAUUCAUGUGUUUCGUAGUAACUCAUUUGAAAUUUUGCAUUUUAUAAUUUUUUCCCCUUACACUAUAAACUUUUAAAAAUGUGAAAAAGGGAAAUUUAAUUUGUAAUAAAAGUCUUGAAAUAGUCUAUCUUAAGUGGCAAUUUCAAAUUUUCACAUAAAUUAAGAAAAUUAUGCUAUUUUUUAAAUUUAUGUAAUAAUUGAUAAAAAAAAUAGUCUUAAUUUAUCAUUUAUGAAGUGUAUUAUUUACUGUCAAAAUGUUAUAAAUUUAUAUUCAUAUCCUACCAAGAACAAAAUUUGCUUUCACUGAUAUUGUCAAAAUAGGUUUGUGCAAUAUAAGAAAGAAAAAUCUGAUUUAUUGUUUGUGACGAUUUUUAUAGAUAUUGUUGUUUUUGUAUUAGUUUAAUAAAAUGCCAGUUUUCCUUGACUGCUUAA